UUCAACACAUCACAUCCCCUUGUGGAGUACACCACAGGUGAUAUCAGUAUUAUAUCUUACCACGAAGAUUUCAAUUAUCCUGGCAAUCCAACCAUAUGAACCUCUCAUCUUUAUCACAGUCAUGGAAGUCCGACGAGGAAGAGAUGAUCGGCCAUCUGCACCGCCACAAGGCUGAUCAAGGAUCUACUCCGAAUUGGAUGCUCCUAUUGGAGUGAAUCCGUGAUCCGGCUGUCUUGGUCUACCGCCGAGACCCCUCAACUAAAGACCUGCGUAGCCUCAUUUACCUCAGCCUUUGCAUUCUCUGCUAAAUAUUCCCUCAACAGAUAGUUGAUUCAAGAUUUCAAGACCGGAUCAUAUACGGAGUCCAUCAUGGCUCUUGUAGUCUCGUCUCCUCCAGAUAUACGGGCAGCAGAUCCCACGAUGUCUCUCAAGCAAGCGUUGACGGACUUUGGCGAUAUUCUGACCGGAGAGCAAAAACAACAGUUCCAGGCUGGCUCUACAAAACCAGACAUCUCUAGUGUCAUUGCAUUCGUUGGAGAAAUUGAUGCCAACAAUAGCAGCACGACAAGGAGGUGUGUCGCGCCACGGUUGUAUACCUUUCUGGAUGCGCUACAACAAUUUAGUCGCGUCGUGGAUACGUUUGUCAGCUCUAAUCCUGCAAUCGCCGCCCUGAUCUGGGGAGGCGUGAAGACAACGAUAUUGAUAGCGGGUAAUAUUGCGUCUUACUUUGACAAGAUCACGAGCAUGGUUAUGGUGAUUGGCAGGUCGUGUCCAACAUAUCAACAGUUUGGCCAACUCUAUCCCGGCUGCGUCGCGCUCCAACGUGCGCUAUGUGAUUAUUACGCAGUCAUUAUCCAGAUGUGUAUCAAGAUCAUCGAUGUCUCACGGCGAAGUGCUAUAACGCAAACGUUAUCGUCCAUCUUCCUUCCUUUUGACUCCGAGUUCAAAUCUUUUCAAGAUAAUCUGGACCAAGCCACAAAGGAAAUACAAGUGCAAAUAUCACUUGCCUCACAGCAGGCUGACAAAGAAGCAAGAAAGCUACUAGAGCACGAAAGCCAUGUCAAUGCAACGUUCCGACGGAAAUGGCUUAAGAGAUACGGAAAGGAGCAUGCUGAGGCGCACCAGUGGAGAAUUGACAUGAUGAAAAGGGAAGCAGCGAAGUUGAAAUUGGACAUUAAAACCAAUCUUUCUACCAUCGACUACGCCAAGCCUUGGAAGCAGGCUACCAAACAACGCGUUCCCUCCACAGCCGAGUGGCUGCUGCAUGAACCACUCUUUCAACAGUGGAAAGAUAACCCCGGGGCCGCAACCUUCUGGUGUUCAGGCACAAUGGGUGUGGGUAAGACGGUGCUUAUGUCUAAUGUGGUUACCCAACUGAACGCCUCACGCAAGACUAAUGACAUUAUAACUUAUUACUUCUGUCGCGGGGAUGAUUCAGUAUCUCUGUCAUCGAGGAGUAUUAUUGGAAGUCUUGCCCGUCAACUAUUGGAGCAGGAGAUUAACCAUGCUGAAGAUAAUAGCCUACUAGACCUACACAAAGAUAGCCGUGGACUCAACACAGCUGAAAUUGUUGAUUUCACAUUGGCUCAUCUCAAAGUUGAUUUGUGCUAUUACAUAGUUCUCGAUGGACUCGAUGAGUGUGAUAAUAGCCAGGUGAAUGAGGUGGCGCGGAGCGUGACUCGACUUUGCAACAAGCGCUCUACGGACUUUAAAAUCAUCUGCGCUGGCCGUCCCGAGCUCGAAAAACAGUUGUUCAGAGUGGCAAAGCCCAGAUAUAAGUUGUCAGUGACUGAGAGAAAAAUCAAGGUGGACAUGGAUCAAUAUAUCGACACAAUUCUUGGUCGCUGCCUGGAAGAAGGGCAGUUGAAACUGCAGGAUCCGAAGCUCAUCAUAGAAAUAUCCAAAGCACUACGAGACGGAUCCCAUGGAAUGUUCCUCUGGACCCGUCUUUUUGUCGAAGAGCUCUGCGCACAGGGAAGCGACAGUGACAUUUUAACCGCAUUGGAGCAUCUACCACGUGGUUUGUCUGAAAUAUUUGAUCGAAAAAUUCGUCGCCUCCGGGACAUGCCGGCGGCAAAGGAAGCAAUGAAAAUACUCGAAUUCUGCAAUGUGGUGAAGCGGCCAUUGUCAGUUAUGGAAUAUCAAGAAGUCUUGAGCCUCUCCCCUGGGCAAAAGUCACUGGAUCGCGGAAAGAUGCCCAAUGAUAUGACCAGAGUUGUCAGUGAUUGCUGCGGGUUAGUUUUCAUCGAUGAAGAGGACAGCACGCUGCAUUAUGUCCAUCAUAGCGUGAAACAACACCUUUCUAGCAUCAACAGUCUACAAUCUGGGAAAUCUGACCUAGCAAAGAUUGAUCAGCAUUUUGGGUUUCUUUGCAUGACCUACCUCGAUUUCACUGACUUUAAGCGUCAGCUAGCGAAGACCAGGGAGGGCUCCAAUAUUCCGAUUAACCCCCUUUAUCUUGGUACCAUCCCGAUUUGUCAUUCGAGCAGAUCGGCCAGUUCAAUUGCGCUGAAACUACUUCCUCAUAGUCGCCAGCUGCAGCAUCUCAACGCACAAGAGCUAGAAAGAAAGGCCCAGGAUAUACUUGGCGAUCUGGAAUCUUCACGUCUAGAAUCGGAAAUCCAGAGACGAGAGUUCCACUUUUUCAAUUACGCCUGGACUUACUGGGUUGAUCAUACGAUGGAUCUGAACCCUGAUGCGGACAGCACAAUGUGGAGAUUAUUCUGCCGGUGUGUAGAAUGCAAUGAUAUUUCUGCGUCCAGACCAUGGGAGUCAGAGCAGCACAACAACGGCAGGACAAGUGAUAUGCCGAAUGCAGUGCAGUGGUUGAUAUCGCAUUGGCAUUACACCUUGCUUCGAUACCAUUCAAGGUGCCAGUCUCACGUUUUCACAGAAACCGUGAAGCGUGGAAUCCUCCGCGAGGCUGCCAUCCACAAUCACUACCACUUCACAGAGCUGAUAAUUCAACAAGUCGACACUUCCAGCCAAGACUUGGGCUAUGCGUUGUUCUUUGCGGCCGAAGGAGGCUGCCUUGGGCUGGUUGAGAGAUUACUAGCUGCAGGAGCUGAUGCUAAUGUACCUGCUUCUGGAUAUACCACACCAAGAGCUCUUCAACAAGCAGCCAGAGGAGGACAUCUUAAAAUAGUAGAGAAAUUACUAGCUGCAGGAGCUGAUGCGAAUGUACCUGCUUCUGGAUAUGCCACACUAACAGCUCUUCAACAAGCAGCCAGAGGAGGCCAUCUUGAGAUAGUGGAGAGAUUGCUCGAUGCAGGAGCCGAUGUUAAUGCAUAUACUGCUAUCUAUGAUAGACAGACAAGUCUCCAACUUGCAGUAAGAGAUGGCCAUCUUGAGAUAGCGAAGAGAUUGAUAGCUGCCGGAGCUGAUGUCAACACACCUACUACUGAGGGUAAUGAACAAACAGCCCUUCAAGCAGCAGCCAGCAGUGGUCAUCUUGAGCUAGUGGAGAGGUUACUAGCUGCAGGGGCUGAGGUCAAUGCGCCUGCUGCUCGAUAUAGACGAACAGCUCUUGAAGCAGCAUCCAGAGAAGGCUAUCUUGAGAUAGUGGAGAUACUCCAAGCGGCAGCCAAAGGGUAUUGACCGUCUUUGUUGAAGUCGAGACUGCUUACACGCGGACCAUGGAAAGAUUCCUGGCAGACACUGGGGUUAAAUCAUGUUAUAAUUUUCUUUCCUUUGCUUGGCUACAGACAAUCAAUCCCAUUCUUUCAACGAACCUUGACGUGGGAAUUUGACCAAGCCCAUAACUUUGUGGGUGCCGCAUCACACCAGCUGCAUGAACC